AUGUUGGAAGUGACUUACAAGUGUUCACGGCAAGGCGGCCAUUUAAUGGGGAAAAAGAGCACUGGAGAAUCCCCAUACCUUUAUGAGGGAGGAAAUCUGAAGCAGCAACCACUUGAGUCCGUAAGCUGGGAAGAAGCCACAAGAAACUUGCUCCACUUCUUGGAAGCCAAGGGAACCAGAAGCCAUCAGUCUCCUCACUGGGAGCCGCUGGGCAGUGACCAGCCUACUUGGGAUUCAGAGGAUAACAGGACCUUUAAAGAGGUUCUCCAUAUGAAGCAAGGAAGCCCCAGUUGAACUGACAAUGGCAGCCUCUCUCAAAGAAGCAAAAUAAAACCCCUCAGAGACAGCAUUCUGCAGGCAUUGACUGCACUGGACCACCACCGAGAUUUCCUUUGUGCAAAACACUUAUCUAUUCUUGUAUCUUUCAACCUUGACUAAAUUUAUGAUUUUCAGGCAACGUCUUCUGGUUCGAACUUGUUUGCAGUGAACUCUUGUCCCCAAAGUCUUCCAGAUCAAUGCUCUUUACAGUUAGGCUAUUUGUCAAUUAGAUUUCUAUUCCUGCACUGUGACCAAUCACAAUAAAAGCUUCAAUGCAUUGCCCAAAGGG